GCUCGGUUAGCGUCUUUUGGGUGAUCCAGCGUCCUUUCAGAGAAGAGAAAUCCUUGAAAAGUGGUCAAAGUUGCACUUUUUUCAUCACUUACUCUUUGAUGUUUUUAAAAUGUCCGGGUUUCAAGAUCUUUCAGUUUUUUCCGUGAGGGUCCAGCAGCGUACAGUGUGUAAAGAAGAUGUUCCCCCUGAGCAGCAGGAGAGGGGCUCAAGUCUGAACUUGGAGAUUACUGAGCCACCACACAUUAAAGAGGAGCCAGAGGAACUGUGGAGCAGUCAGGGGGGAGAGCAGUAUCACUGGCAGGACAGUGCCAGUGAUACUGAGAGUGCCAAUAUAAUCAAGUUUACUUUUUUUCCUACCCCUGUAAAAACGGAAGAAGACGAAGAGAAUCCCCAGUCCUCACAUCUUCAUAUAAGAAAAUCUGUAGGGAAUGAAACAGGAACAGAUGGAGAUGACUGUAAACCAGAGUCAGAGGCAGCCAAGUUCUUUGAUUCAGAGACAGAUUUACAACCAGAGACUGAGGUCAAGUCUGAAGACUUAUCUGAGGCCGAGACUGAUGACAGCACUGACUGGAUGGAGACAACAGAAGACCAGUCAGGUUUCAACUCAGUGGGACAACUCGAAAAUAUGAUGAGAAAGACUGAUAAGAACUCAUUUCACUGCGCUGAGUGUGGUAAAAUAUUUAAACAGAAAAGAUAUCUAAAAGAUCAUAUGAGAAUUCACACUGGAGAGAGACCUUUCAGCUGUUCUGAGUGUGACAAAAGAUUUAUCCAAAAACAGCAUUUUACAAAUCAUAUGAGAAUUCACACAGGAGAGAAACCUUUCAGCUGUUCUGAGUGUGGUAAAAGAUUUAAUCAAAAACAACAUUUUACAAAUCAUAUGAGAAUCCACGCAGGAGAGAAACCUUUCAGCUGCCCCGAAUGUAGUAAAAGAUUUACCCAACAAGGAAAUUUGACCAGACACAUGAGAAUUCACUCAGGAGAGAAAUCUUUUGGCCUCUCUGAGUGUGGUGAAAGAUUUGACCAGACCAAACACAUAUUAGUUCACACUAGACAGAAACUCUUUAGCUGCUCUGAGUGUGGUAAAAGAUUUAACCAAAAACAACAUUUUACAAAUCAUAUGAGAAUCCACACAGGAGAGAAACCUUUCUGCUGCCCUGAAUGUGGUAAAAGAUUUACCCUACAAGGAAAUUUGACCAGACACAUGAGAAUUCACUCAGGAGAGAAAUCUUUGGGCCUCUCUGAGUGUGGUGAAAGAUUUGACCAGACCAAACACAUGUUAGUUCACACUAGACAGAAACUCUUUAGCUGUUCUGAGUGUGGUAAAAGUUUUAGUCUUAAAAGUUAUCUGACUAUACACAGGAGAAUUCAUUCAGGAGAGAAACCCUUUAGCUGCUCAGAGUGUGGUAAAAAUUUUCACCAACAAAAUCAUGUUACAUAUCAUAUGAGAUGUCACACAGGAGAGAAACCCUUUAGCUGCUCUGAGUGUGGUAAAAGAUUUAACCGCAAUGAAAAUCUGACCAAACACAUGUUUGUUCACACUAGAGAGAAAAUCUUGUAUUCAGAUUUCAGUGGGGGAUUUAACCUUGAAGAUGAAGUAACAAAACAUUAGAAACCUUAUACUGCAGGGAAACCCAUCUGCUGGUCUAUGCUUUGUAAGAGAUUUAGUCUUUAUUAUGAUUUGACCAAGGAUGUGAGUAUCCAUACAGGAGAGAAACCUUACAGCUGAUCAAAUGUGGGAAUAGUUAACAAAAUAAUCUGUGCAUGCAUGUGUUACUUUACAUUGGACAAAUGCAUUUAGUGAGGUUAAAAAGCCUUAAAAAUAAUUUACCAAUCAUGGGAGAAGUCAUACAGGAAACCCUUUGUAGGCUCAGAGUUUGGUAAUUUUUUACUCGACAAGGUUUUUUGACCAGGCAAAUGGUAGUUCACACCAAGGUUAUAAUAGUUUUGGAUUUUUCAUUAGUUUUUAUUUUUAUUCAUUCCAUCUUUCUGUGUUUGAUUUCAGUUCAGUGUUUAUUAGUUUUUCCUGCUGGUUUGUUAGUUUCGUUUAUUUUCUAUCCUACAAAAAGGCUUUGUUUUAGUUUAGUUUGUUAUUAGUUUUAGUGUUAGUUUUAGUUUUUUAAGGAUAGAUGUUGAG